AUGGCGGCCGCCCGAGGCCGAGGCCGAUGCGUCCUUCUCGCUGCCGUCCUCCUCUUGACGACGGUGGUCGGCGCAGACAUAUACAAGCCAACGGACUCCAUUCUGGUUCACUGCGGGUCGGACAAGGACGGGCAGGACGAGGACGGCAGGAAGUGGACCACCGACAAGGACAGCAAGUGGCUCCCCGACGGCGGCAAGUCCUCCAUCAUGGGCACCGCCGACGUGGCGGACCCGUCGCUCCCCUCCCCCGUGCCCUACAUGACGGCGCGGGUCUUCCCCAAGGAGACCGCCUACACCUUCCCCGUGGCCGACGCCGACCGCCACUGGGUGCGCCUCCACUUCUACCCGGCGGCCUACCACGGCAUCCCCGCCGAUCACUUCUUCUUCUCCGUCACCACCUCCACCGGCGUCACGCUGCUGCGCAACUUCAGCGUCUACAUCACCGCCAAGGCCCUCACCCAGGCCUACAUCAUCCGGGAGUUCUCCCUCCCUCCCUCCACCGUCGGCUCGCUCUCCCUCAAAUUCACGCCCACCGCCAUGAACAACGCCUCUUACGCCUUCGUCAACGGCAUCGAGGUCAUCUCCAUGCCCAGCUUCUUCGGCGACCCGGCCACACUGGUCGGCCUCAACGACCAGUCCCUCGACGCCAGCGCCGCCAACCUGCAGACCAUGUACCGGCUCAGCGUCGGCGGCUCCUACAUCCCGCCCGCCAACGACUCCGGCCUGUCCCGCGAGUGGUUCUCCGACACGCCCUACGUCUACGGCGCCGCCACGGGCGUCACCUUCGAGGCCAACGACACGGUCCCGAUCAAGUACCCGGCCCCCGCCGACGAGUACGCCGCGCCCGUCAGCAUCUACGACUCGUUCCGCCACAUGGGGCGCGACCCCAAGAUGAACAAGAACAACAACCUCACCUGGGUGUUCGAGGUGGACGGCAACUUCACCUACCUCCUCCGCCUCCACUUCUGCUCGCUCAUGGAAGACAAGAUCAACCAGGUCGUCUUCGCCAUCCUCCUCAACAACAAGACGGCCACCACCACCGGCAGCGCCGACAUCAUCGCCUGGGCCAAGGAGAAGAACCCUGCUAAUCCCGGCGCGCCCGGCAAGGGCGUGCCGGUCUUCAAGGACUACGCGGUGUUCAUGCCCGCCGCCCCGGCGGGCAACGACACCAUCCUCUGGCUCACGCUGCGCCCGGACACCGCCACCAGAACACAGUUCGUCAACGCUUUCCUCAACGGCCUGGAGGUGUUUAAGGUGAGCGACGCCUCCGGCAACCUGGCCGGCCCAAACCCGGACAUCUCCAAGAUGCUGGCGGAGGCCGAGCUGGGGGCCGUGGAGGGGCAGUUCAGGGAGAAGCCGAGCAACGUCGGGGCGCUCAUCGGCGGGGCGGCGGGCGGCGCGGCGGCGUUCGGGCUGGUGGCGGCCGUGUGCUUCGUGGCGUACCAGAGCAAGAGGAGGAGGGAGCUGAGCAGCAGCCCGUCGCACUCCUCCUCCGGGUGGCUGCCGGUGUACGGCGGGUCGACGAGCGUGAGCAAGUCGUCGGGCGGCAGGAGCGCGGCAACGCUCAACCCCAACAUCACGGCCAUGUGCCGGCACUUCUCGCUCCAGGAGAUAAAGUCGGCGACCAAGGGGUUCGACGAGUCGCUGGUGAUCGGCGUGGGCGGGUUCGGCAAGGUGUACCGCGGGGUGGCGGACGGGGACACCAAGGUGGCCGUCAAGCGGAGCAACCCGUCGUCGGAGCAGGGGGUACUGGAGUUCCAGACGGAGAUCGAGAUGCUGUCCAAGCUGCGGCACAAGCACCUGGUGUCCCUCAUCGGCUGCUGCGAGGACAACGGCGAGAUGAUCCUGGUGUACGACUACAUGGCGCACGGCACGCUGCGGGAGCACCUGUACAACAAGAGCGGCAAGCCGCCGCUGCCGUGGAGGCAGCGGCUGGAGAUCGUCAUCGGCGCCGCCCGGGGGCUGCACUACCUCCACACGGGCGCCAAGUACACCAUCAUCCACCGGGACGUCAAGACCACCAACAUCCUGGUGGACGACAAGUGGGUGGCCAAGGUGUCCGACUUCGGCCUCUCCAAGACGGGGCCGACGGUGCAGAACCAGACGCACGUGAGCACCAUGGUGAAGGGCAGCUUCGGGUACCUGGACCCGGAGUACUUCCGGCGGCAGAAGCUGACGGAGAAGUCGGACGUCUACUCGUUCGGCGUGGUGCUGUUCGAGGUGCUGUGCGGGCGGCCGGCGCUGAACCCGAGCCUGCCGCGGGAGCAGGUGAGCCUGGCGGACCACGCGCUGAGCUGCCAGCGGAAGGGCACCCUGGAGGAGAUCGUGGACCCGGUGCUGGAGGGGAAGAUCGCGCCCGACUGCCUCAAGAAGUUCGCCGAGACGGCGGAGAAGUGCCUGGCGGACCAGGGCGUGGACCGGCCGUCCAUGGGCGACGUGCUGUGGAACCUCGAGUUCGCGCUGCAGAUGCAGGACACCUUCGACAACGGCGGCAAGCCGCCCGAGGUCGACGACUACAGCAGCAGCUUCACCAUCGCCCAGCCGUCCAUGGAGGAGAGCCUGGCGGCCAACGCCGCGGCGCUCUCGCUCAUCAGCGAGGACAUGGACGAGGAGGACAUUGCCAACUCCGUCAUCUUCUCCCAGAUCGCUAAACCAACCGGACGAUGAUGAUCCUCUCUUCACCUCACCUGGAUCCAUAGCGUCUCCUUCUCGUGUAACAGAUGAGAUGAGAUGAGAUGAGAUCAGGUCGAACGUGAUGUACUCCUCCCUACGUACCACCAGCACACAAGACAGACAUGCAUGCAUGAAUUCAUGCAUGCAUGCAGACGGAAGGCCCGUCGAUCGGCCGGGGUGGGUG